AUGACAGAUAGCUACGACGAUUAUUGCGAUCACUGCUGUGAGCACUUUACUUCUUCUGAUGUUGCAAGCCGACAUUUACACGAAAUGGAAGUUCAUGUAAACGUGAGCUUAGGAUUCGAAGACUUUAUCUUGGAGAUCAAACGUGAUCCCGAACUUUCUGUUUUCAAAUGCGCUUGGUCUUCCUGUGGUGCCGUUUUCUGCGAUUCUGAUACAAUCAAGCGUCAUGUGUUAUACUGUCCUUCACGACCAGAUGGUCUUGGACCAGCCAAAAGAUGA